ACUACCAAAGCAUCUCCCAGGGAUCGAAACCGCGCCAGAGAGGUAACUGGAUUAGAAGUCAUCGACUCUAACCCCUCGACCACGGAGGCGGUUAGGCGCGUCCAACGUGCAAUAAGGUUUUACCCUGGUUAUCUGAAACAAACUACAAAUGUGCUGUUGGACAUGUAGACAUUAAGAAAAAUACAAACUUCCUUCAUUAGGAUGUCUACUACAGAACAAUAUAUAGGGUGUUGAUCAAAAUCUGGAUGGAAUGUCGUCACGAAAGCUAAGGAUGAAAUUAGGCCCGUCCUUGCUGUGUUUCUUACAUAUAAUUCAUGGAUUUUACGGCAAUAUUGAACUGACAUGUGGCACUGUUAACCCAUUAUUACCUGCAAACGUAACAUGCGUGUGUCAAUAUGUUGGAAACGGUAUAUCCUGGUUUCAUCCAAACGGUACAAAACUUGUGAACUGCUUUCAAUCAUUUCAGCAGUGUUUUCCAACGAUAAAUGGCUUUAUGUUUUCUAUUGACUCAGCAUCCUAUCGGAUGACUAUAAUCAACUAUAGGUAUAGCGAUUGCCUAUAUUUUUCAUGCAGGGACAUAAGCGAUAGCACUAUUCAGAUAUCGGCAAGACCAUCACCUUCAGAGUUUGAUUCAACGACACCAGUCUCACUGAAUGAACCGAAUUCUAACCACUCAAACGGCACAAUAACGUUUACCACAGCAUGUGUUUUUCAGUAUUCGAAGAUAAAUUACACCUGGUACAUUGUCAGUGACGGGUCUGAAAGGAAGUAUGACAUUGACAAAGGAAGGUUCGUUUUCGAGUCUAAUAACUCUUCAUGUAAUCAGUGUGCCGGCGAUGCACUUGCAUCUUUAACAAUUGGUUUUAACCACACUGAAGCAGGGGGAAAGGAGGCUCAAAAAGUUCUGUUUCAAGUGAAAAUACAUCAUAAAGAGUAUCCUUUGGAUGAUAUUACUCUAACUUCUAAGCAUGCGUAUAUGGUACAAGUAAAUGAUCACAGAAUGAGCACACCUGAUAACACUGACGAUAACAUUUAUCCUAUUGUUAUUGCUGCAGUUUUUGGUCUCCUACUUUUCGUUUUAGGAUGUGUGAUUUGUAUCUUUUGCUGCCGUAAAAAGAUUUAUAAAGACAAGAGGGAUUCAGAUGAGAUUGUUACGUCAUUGCCACCUGAGUAUCAAUCACUGUGUUUUAAAGAAAAGGAAGACAACAAAAGUAAGGUACCUGAUCAAGUUGAUGAUACACACGGGAAGCAGGAAAACAGCAAUCACUCGGAAAAUGACAAUAAACCGUCAGAAACACAAGGAAAUGAUUUUGACAAUGCGUCUUUCUUAGAAGAAAAUAACGAUAUACAAGACAGUAAUGAUGUCAAUCCAAAUACAAGUAAGGUACCUGAUCAAGUUGGUGAUACACACGGGAAGCAGGAAAACGGCAAUCAAUCGGAAAGUGACAAUAAACCGUCAGAAACACAAGGAAAUGAUUUUGACAAUGCGUCUUUCUUAGAAGAAAAUAACGAUAUACAAGACAGUAAUGAUGUCAAUCCAAAUACAAGUAAGGUACCUGAUGAAGUUGGUGAUACACACGGGAAGCAGGAAAACAGCAAUCACUCGGAAAAUGACAAUAAACCGUCAGAAACACAAGGAAAAGAUUUUGAUAAUUCGACUUACUUAGGAGAAAAUAUAUACGAUAUACAAGACAGUAAUGAUGUCAAUCCAAAUACAAGCACAGUAAUUAUUCACAGUGUGACAGUUGACAGUGGAGUGGAGUUGAGUGUUUUGUCAGGGUUUUGUCAGGGUACUUGUUUUACAAACAAG